CACAAAACUGACCCAUCCGAAUUAAGGAAAUACGCAAUCUAUUCUCUUUUUGUCAUCAUUACUUCAUUUUUUUCUGAGCAAUGAUUGGCAGAACUGAACUUAUUUAUCACUAUAGUUUAUUUCCAACUCGCCAAACAAAUGAUAAGAACUAGAAGAGAAGGCCUGGGAAGCAGUAAGUUAAAAAUACUUUGCCUUUACAUGACGUACUAACUUGAGCAGACAUCUUCGAAGAUUAACUGGAAGAUAAGGAAAGGAAAUUAUUAAUAGUUGGAAUUGACCUCUUUCUAGAACCGAAUUUUGGUGCUACUUGUAUUGAGAAGUAUUUAAGCUUCGACUGGUGGAGCAGGUUUUGAUAUGGACGCCGACAAAUACACGAACGACGUAAGUACAACUUAAUACUUGCACGUGCCAAUGUCAACUGCAAAAGCAUGCUUUCCAUACAUUCGGACUGUCUUUCUUUUUAUAAUAGAAUUACCCCAAAAACGUCAAAUGUCGAAUACAAUAAAGAAUAGCCGUAGCACAAUACACAGGAUACGAGAAAAGUUCGAAUUGCAAAUUGUAAUUUUUCUGGUCUUUGAGUGGGUAACACGCUUGAAAUGCAUUUUCUUCAAGGAAUAUUCUACUUGUUCAUGUGUAUUUAUUACCAUGCUCUAUCCAUAUAAGAUGUAAGAUAGCUUCCCAGAGCUGGUAAAAUUUCCGCACAGCCCCAUACUACAUUAUGCAUUCAGUUCUUGGAUUGAGAAAACAAUGACAAAAACAAUAGAUUGCCAUUGGGAAAACAGAUUUGUUUUACAAUAGUAUGGGGCUGUGCGGAAAUUUUACCCCAGAGCUCUCAGGCAGCGAUUCAUACACAUAAUUAUGAAGAUCAAACCCAGUUAUUGAAUGAUUUUAAUCAUCCAAUGAUUAACUGAAAAUUGAAUUAAUGAACUUAAUUAUCAAGAAAUAAUCACGAUUUAACCUUCUCACUUCCAAGGCCUAUUUGUUACAAUGUUAAUUUGGAGAAUUUGGUAUUGGAUCAAUUAAUAAUCCCCUUAUUGAUUGAUAGUUUUCUUUAUUCUCAUUUCUUGUCUGCAUAAUAUUGUAUUGAUAUUGUAAGGAGAUAUUCUGUCUUAGUUGCUCAUGAGAGGUAAAGGUUUAAUUGUGUCUUGUAUGUCAAUCAUAUACCUCAACACUUUGUCAGAGUAUUUAUCUACUUGGUACUGAUAAACAUGAUAUUUUGCUGACCUGCAUACAGUUUUCAUUACCUCUGAUAAUCAAUAUCCAUUUAAUGGAUGAGAAUGUUGUGACCUCUUAAUAGUUCUAUACUCAUAAAAUCCUUAAUCAUUCUCACUCUAAACCUGUAGUUAUUUAGUUCAUUAAGCAAUCACUGGAUGGAUCAUAUUGUGUUCAACAAACCCCAGGAAAUGGAAUUUUUCACCUUAUAAUUUGUCGUUUUUUUUCUGUAAGCUUAGAUAUAUUUGUAAGGUGCUAACAAAGAGAAUUUCCUAAACAAUAAAUGGCUUCUUUAGCUGGUGAUCCAGGAUGACCAUUUUCUUUUUUUUUCAGUAGGCCAUUUUACAGUUAUGUACUUGGUUGCUAAGCCUUUGAUUUAGAGUGAAGCUGAAGGUGACCUUGUUGUGAUAGAGACCAGUAUUUAGUGAGCAUGAUAACAAAGCAAUUUACAUUUGAAAAGCAGCAACAUUUGUAACAUAACAAGGUCACCGUCAGCCUCACUCCUGUUUAAAGGCUUGGCAACAAAGUAUGCAACUGUAAAGUGGACUGUUAAGACAACCAUCAUAAUAUUUUAUGGGAAGUCUUAUUUUAAAAUUCUCUUGCAGGCUCAAACAGAGAUGCUCUGGGCCAUUAAGGCUCAUCACCAUGCUGAAACAUACUUCAAGGUGAGUGGUUUUACAGUUUAGGAAGUUUGUUUAAGUGCCGAUUUUUUUGUUAAACAGCCACUUAGUCAUGUAUUGUACCUUUUCAAAGGAUAGUUAAAGUUAACAUGGUGAUUUUUUAUCAAAUUAAAUUCAAAUAUUGGGUUUAUUUAUUUAUUUUCUGUCAAAGAAUGCUUUCAUAUUUUGGUAUCAGUAGCCUGGUCAUGUGGGAUAAAGGAGAUUUCUAACACUAUAAAAUCAGAACCCUAAAAACAAUAGAAAAUGAUGAAUGAGUUUAAUAAAAGUCCCUCUCAGGACUUAAUGCACCCUCGCAUGGGUGAUCAGAUUUCAGAAUCAAAUGUUACUCCCAAACUCCAAACCAUUUACUGUAGAAUUACUGUAGAAUUAAGAUUAUAGUGAGCACAUUUCAUGCUUCUAUUAUCAUUGGUUUCAUUGUUAUUUUUGGAUAGGGACAGGCAUUCACUCAUGGUCAGUCAUGAAGUAAUUUUGUCAGAAACUAUUUCCCCUUGUCUGUAAGAUUUAUUCUGGAGUUAAAAUAAAAUGGGCGUAAAAUAGAAAGUGCUAUGAUGAGCGCAAUUUUCUCUUGUUCUGAUAGUAACUUUCUAGUAAUUUUUGUGUGUUGUUUCAGCUCAUUUCCCAAGUAGAUGCCUCAAGACUUCGUUUAACAAAGUAAGUUGAUUACAGCUGAAAAAAGGGAAACAUUUCAGAAAGGAUGAUCAGUUGUAUUUCAUCUGCAGGUUAAUAUGAUUUAUUUCAUAUAACAGAGAUAAGUUUCUUUUGUAGAAGCAACGUACCUAGUACUUAACUUGCCUCUCUCCUAAUUUUGUCUUUGUUACUCAGUUGGUAGUAGCACCUAACUAUUAUCUGGAAGGCACAGGUUCCAAUACCAUCAAAGACUGAAUUUUUGCAAGCUUCUUUUCAGCAAUUUCUUUGAUUACAGGACACUUGUGAGAAUCAGUUCUGUUAUAAACCAUUUUCAAAACCAAGCAUGUUACGCAUUGUUUUGAAUAUGAACUUGAAUAUGAGGAAAAAAUUAUUAUUCAUGAAAACUUUUUUCUUUUAUUCAAGCUCACAUUAAACAAGACUCAAGAGCUGAUAGAAUGUCACAUAUAUUUACCAUAAACUGCUGCCCAUAAGCCCCCCAGAAACAGAAAAUUUGAAAAAUUAUUGCAGAACAACCAAUUUAUUACUUCUUUUAAUUAUCACAGAUGAAUAUAGAAGGAAAAUUCUGAACUUCUGUUUUCUUAUGUUCCAGUUUCUGUUUGUGUUGUUACUUAAUUUAUUUCUGUUCGAAAUGUAUGGCAAUGAAUUUUAUUUAUAAUAAUUUUUUGAUGCUUGAUUAAACACCUGCAAAAGCAAAACCUUUUUUCUAUCAGUACUUUCUCAAUUUCAGUGUUAAGCCCCUUAACAUUUAACAUUCCUCUCAGUUUCUAAGCCAACCUUAAACCCCUUCACAAAGUUGCAGGGCUUGUAAGCAGCAGUUCAAUGUACCCUACUUUGUACCAAAAUGCAAUUUCUCUCAGCUACUGGUUUUUGAGAGAGGAUCAGGAUCAAAUACAGUUAAGCAGUAAAUAUGGCUUUAAAUAAGCAAGGAAGUAUUAAACAUAUUUGACAGAGCAUGCUCCAUGCAUGUACUACUAUAUCUACAAAGCUGUCUUUUCCCCUUUUGAUUUUACCAAUCAACUGGGGUCUUGUUGCAGGUAUGAUGACGACAUAUACAGGCAGUUUAAACGCUAUUUCAAGAUGCUUAAGGUACAGUUAACAAGUUAACAAAUUGAUUACACUGUGUAGAUGCUGGGUUACAGGGAUUCCUUGUGUAUUACACUGUUCCUGUUGGUAAUAGGAGACAAUAGAUGCAGGCAAGGAAUAGGUCUUGUGUAUUACUGCUUUGUCUCUUCUGUUAUGGGAGUGUUACUCUGACUUUUGGCAAGCACCUACCACACAGGCUUCAUAUCAACUAACCUUCAUAUUGUGUAGUUGGGAAACAUUGUUUUAAUUUACUUUCCAAGUUCAGUGUGAAUCUAGUAAUUUAUAGGAUGAGUUAAAUGCUCAUUAGGAUCAUAGUUAGGUUAAGUAAUGUCUUCAAAAGGCAAAAUCCAUGAUGAAACCAUAGGUCCUACGGUUUAGGUUGGGAGCUCUCUCUAACUGACUGUAAUUAUACUACUAUUUUGUGUGUGUGUUUGUACACUCUGACUGGAUAUGUAGAUGGAAAGUGUCCAUUGGUUAUUCAGUUCAAAGUGAUUCAAAAAGUAACUCAACUUUUAACUCCCAAGAUCUGAUUGUUAAUUCUACCCUCUAGCUGCUACAUAUUUCCAUUUAAAUUAGUUGUAAGAAUUUGGUGUUCAAUCAAAGUAAUAUCUUGUACCUGAUGAGUUUGAGUAUUCUCACUACCUGUUUGCUGGAUAAUGUAUGGAUAUUAUAGGGAGAAGUUACAUGUUAAUCACUUCAGGGAGUUAAAUGGUUAAUUUUUAUGCAUAGUCAGGUGCGAGAUAUCUAAGAAAACCAUAAAAGAAGAAAUCUGUUGGGUUUUGUAAUCAUUCACCUUCACUAACUGUGUUUUGAAUUGGAAAAAGGGAAAUGGAAAUUAAACUGUCAUGUAUAUCAUUGUGCAAGCAGUUUAGAAUUAUUGUGAAGAAGUUAUUUUACUACCAUUACAAAAUAGGCCAGAACUGAUCUUUUUAUCAUUAUCUGAUGAUUAAUGGUGAUACCCUUUAAAACUUAAAAAUUGUCGAAGGUAAAAUGUCUACAUAUCAUAUGAAUGCAGUAUUUAGCAAAUAUGUGGUGAGAAAUGACAAAUUUAUCAUAUGGAGGUUGUCAUCUGCCCUACCACCAAUUUCCUACGACUAAUUUACAAUGCAAUGUAUGGAAGUUAUUAGGGAGAAUAUCUUGUUAGAUCAAGGGAGUUAAAAGGUUGACUUUACACAUUGUCUUACUGUGGUUAGGUGGAUGUGAUCAAAAUAGAUGACCUGAAAUCUGAAGCAGCCAAAGUGGUAGGUGUACCAGUUUUGUCUCUGCUGAGAGAUAAUUACACUUUAUCCUGUUUAUUACCCAUUUCUCUCUAUGAAGCAUAAUUCAGUGAGAGUAUGGAGGAAAUGACACCCCAAAACUUCAUUCUUCAUUGUAAGGUUUUUGUCUCAAGUGAUCAAAUUAAAUUGAUGUUGUGUUAUAAGGAAAAGUUUUUUAACAGGCUUACUUGUAUGUGAGUUGAUCAAACAAUUAGGCUCAAAGUGAAUCUAACUGUGUAUCCAGUGGUGAUGUUAGUUUCCUUGAUUGAGAGCAUCAGAUAGACAAAAGCCUCCACUCAGUAGAUAGGUAGAUUUACUCUCUUCUGAAGUGUUUUUGUCCCUCUUGUAAACAAUGGUCAGGUAGGUUAAGUCUGUACUCAAGUAAAGUAGCCCAUCUAAUUGAAGCUUAUUCCAGUUAUUGCAAAUGCCUGUCAAGGAAUUUCAAUGAAAUUGUUCCUUUUUUGACAAAUUUUGGACCAAAACAAAAUUUGUGCCACAUUUGGCAAAUUUUUGAGGCAGCCAUUGUUUGAAUUCAUCUGAAAUUUUGCAGAUCAAUUCACUAGAAACGUUAAUGAAUCUUGAAAUUUUUAGGGAAAGUUUCUUCCAAGGAGUAUUACACCCCCCUUCCCCUGGAUUGGAUGCUAGUCCAUUGAAAGGUUACCCCCCAGCAUUUGAUCAGGCUUUCCUGAAAAUUUGCCAGUACCCAUUUAUAUUCCUGGGUCAAGAGAGGCAUUGUAAAAGUAACCUGUUUUGCCCAAGAACUUAACACAAUGACCUGGCCAGGUUUUGAACCCAGACAUCUUGACCCAGAGUCCACCACACUUGCAUGUGCGAUUAGACCACAGUGUCUCCACUUUUAACCCUUUGACCCAUAAGAGUGAUCAGCAUCCAAUUUCUCCUUACAAUAUCACCCCCGAAUCACACAUUAAGGUCAUGAGAGUAAAGAAGGUGAUUACUAACCAAAGACUCUCUUGAUUGUUAAACUCAUUCUCCAUGUCAGCACCUUCGUAAUUGUACAGAGAACAGUAUGGAGAAUGUGCAUACUGAUGUAAGGGUGUAAAGGGUAAAACAUUAGUGUAUGCUUAUGUGAAUGUUAUUCUUUAGCAUGCUAUCAGUACCUCAAAAUAUUAUUUCACUUACAUUUCUACUAAAUGGUAUUUCAAUUUUUAAGUCUUCAAAAUAUAAAAACUAUAAACACAUCAUUUGAACAUUAAUAUUUAUGUAUAAUUACUUCAUGAAAAUUAUUAGGUAUUAUUAAAUAUGACUAUUAAUCCUUUGCACUUUUAUCGUCUUUUUCAGAAGUGGAGGCCAUUUUGUAACAUGUAUGAAGGAAAGAUUGAUGAUUUCAAUUUUGCAACAUUGUUGAGGUAAAAUAUUUUUCAGCUACAGUUUUUUCAGUAGAAAUGUGGGCACAAAUUUCAUUAUAUUUCUAUUUUUCUCCUUAGAAUUGACUGUGCUAAAGGUUAUGAAGAAGAAAACACUAUCUUAGGUAAGACAACACUCAACCAGUAGGAGGAUAGUGAAGGAAAUGGAAAUAUUUGCUACGAACCUGCUAAACCCUUUAAGUCCCAAGAUCAAAUAAGUUAUUCUCCCAACUGACUGCCUUACAUUUCCUGGUAAAUUAGACAGGAGAAUUCAAUUUAUCUAGUAGAUAACACCAUGUAGCUGAUAAGCUUGUCUGUUCUCAUAAUUUGGUUGCAAGAUAACAUAUUGGAAUUGCAAUGAGUAGCUACAAGUUAAUCACUUUUGGGAGUUACAUUCAUUUUGUGGUAUUUUUAAGUUGUCUUUUCCUAGAUUUUAAACUUCAUAGCUUUUUGUAUGGCAGAAAAUGUAAAAAAGUUAAAAAAACCUUUAAGAUAUUUACACUUAGUUCAGCACUUUCUGGAGGUACUUUUUUAUCAUGGUGGUCAUGAAUCAAAAGUGAUGAAGUUUUCAUUUAACUCGCUUGAAGGUGAUGUUCAAUUACUAAAAGCACUCACAAUUUCAUUGCACAUACUGUGGAAUAAAGAAAAAUUAUCAAAAUAUUACAAAAUUCUGUUCAAAAAAAUGGAUGGAAAAUUGAAGGUUAGGGUCAGGAUAUCAUUCGUAGGUUUUUAAUUUAUAAUUUUUUUUUAAUUUGCAUUAUCUGUUUUCUCAGCACUGUAAUGUUUUCCACAUUUUGAAGCCCAACAGUUAUUUUAUUCACUUUCCCGCUCAUAGUUACAAGGAUCCAGUUCUACGCAAUUGAGAUUGCACGAAACAGACGGGGUCUGAACAAGCCUCUAUUGGAGAAGUCUUCUGAUGCUCAACCCAGUGCACAGGAAAGCCAAGGAAGAUAACAUCACCGUGUAAAACAUAGUGUAUUGGUUCAGAGCAUGUUACUCUUGGUGUAAUGUAUAUGAUAUAGUAGGCUGGGGGUCACAUCAUUCAGUUUUUAUUUGCCAAAUUGGUUGCCAUGAAACAUUACAGCUGUGGUUACUCUAAGGUAGCGCAGUUGUUGUUGUACAUUGAUAAUCAUUUAAUGGAUAUGAGUAUUAGCGCUGGAAUCAAAAUUUUAACUAACAGACCCUCCUAAAAAAUAUUCCUGAAAAUUAAAACUACGUAACAUUGAACUUCAAGUUAGCUAAAUAAGAAUCCUAAGUAUGUGAUAAAUUUUCCUUCCAUUUUAUUGGCUAGGAGCCCGCCAGUAAGAACUUGUUAAUAACUGCUCACAGAUACUGGCCUGCCCAUGCGUGAAGCUGUAUGUUCUUCUCAUGCGUAGUUGUGUCCACGUUCCUCUGGUCGCUUCCUGAGAUUUCAGAGGGUGAUUUGCUCAAAAUUAUUAAGAAAAGACAAACUUGGGGAUAGAGUGAUUAAAAAAUUAUUGAAUUUAGUUAUUGCAAAUGUUGCGAUUGGUGUGUGUCUUGCGAUUAAUUUUGUCAUCCUUCGAUUUGGCGAAAUAUUCGUCUGCU